CCAGUACUUAGGUUAACGCAGCCGCUAAAAUCAGAGAAAUGUCCCUGGCUGGUACGCCACACAGUUUCUGGGUCAGUCCUCAGCCCUCUGAGGGGGCCCCAUCCACAUGAGCAACAGAGGAAGACAGAGCGAGGGUGGGAGAGAGAGAGUGGGUACACUUGAUCUGGUUAGCUGGGUAGAGACUUUUGGAGGCAGUGAGCUCAGGUGAGGAGCGGCUCGAGGGUGUCCGAAGGCACUCUUUGGCUGCAUCGACCUCCAGGCCGGGGGUGAAGGGAGGCUGGCUGGAACGUGCCCUGCGGCAAGCCGGGCAAGGAUGAGGCGUUUCCUGAGCAGAAAGGGCCGCUUCUCCCUGCGCCAGAGCAAAUCUGGGACCCGGAGUGCCUCCAAAGAUUUCUACCUCGGCCUACCAGCCACCAAUCAGAACUGGCCAGAGGCAUUUGGCUUCAGGCUGGGCGGCACUGGGCCCAGCUACAUCCUGUCCGUUGUGGAGGGCAGUAGUGCCUACUUAGCUGGCCUGCAGCCUGGAGACCAGGUGGUGGACAUCGAGGGCCAAGAUGUGACCAACCUCAGCACACCAGCGCUGAUUGCUCUGGCUCAGACCCUCAAGACGGUGCCACCAAGCAUUGGGGUAGUGUCAAGGGUCGAACAGAUUGACAUCACUCCAGGCCCAGAUGGCCGGUUUGGCUUCACCAUCGUAGGAGACAGCCCUCUGAUGGUGGAGGACUGCAUGCCCAAUGGUCCAGCAGGUCGCAGCGGCCUCAAGGUUCGCGACUACGUCAUGGAGGUCAACGGCAUCCCAGUGAAGCACCAUGAAACAGCAGCAGCCAUGAUCAAAGCAGCCCAGGGUCGACCUCUGCGUCUGGGCGUGCUCAGUAUGGCCCGGCGACCCAAGCGACUCAGCAGCAGCAUGAGGGUGCUGUCACAGAGCGGGGACAGCGUUAGGGAGAGUCGCGCCCACAAGGCCAUGGAGUUUAAUAAGAAAGUGGAGGAAGUGCUGGGAGAGGAGCCAGAUGUGAAGGAACAGCUGUUUGAGGUGCUCAAGCAGUAUGCUGCUGAGAGGGAUGUGGAGAGUCUGGCUGAGGCGCUACCUGACAUCUUGAUCACAGAGGAGCAUCAACAGCUGAUUGACAACGUCAGGAUCUUCAUUCCCAAGAAGCACCGGGAGCGAUUUGACGAGGUGGUUUCCCAGAGCCUGAUGAGCAGGAUCAAAGGGAGGAGCUUCAGUGACCCGAGCCGUAGCCACCUUCGCCGCAGCAGGAGCGAGGACCACCCUGAACGCCUCCUGGUCUCCACCCGAGCUAGUUCAGUACCACGCACCCACGCAGAGGAGGGUGUGGCCCCCCCAACACGCGGCAUGCGCAAGACCACCUCACUCAUAGCUGGGCACUCCAGCGGCUCCACCACCAACUGCAGGACAGUGAGAGUGUGUAAGGGCAACAUGAGCUUUGGCUUCACUCUCAGAGGCCAUGCUCCAGUGUGGAUUGACUCAGUCAUUCCUGGAAGCCCAGCAGACAAGGCAGGUCUGAAACCAGGAGACCGCAUCCUGUUUCUUAAUGGACUGGACAUGAGGACCUCCUCCCAUGAGAAGGUGGUGUCCAUGCUCCAGGGCAGUGGUGCCAUGCCCACUCUGGUAGUCGAAGAUGGUCCACCUUCUUUCACCAUGUCAGAGCAGGACCUUGCAGGGGGCGGCGUUCCCACAGAACGUGCUCGUUCCCCUGUGCUCAGCUCCCUACAGUGGGUGGCAGAGAUUCUACCCCCAAGUAUCCGGGUUCAGGGCCGCACCUUUGGUCAGCAGCUAGAGCACCUGCUGACCAUCCAGGAGAGGUACACCAUCUGCAAGGCUCUGGAGAACUUUUUCCAGCACAGAAAUGUGGACACUCUGAUCGUGGAUGUGUUCCCGGUGCUUGACACUCCAGCCAAACAGGUGAUCUGGCAGUUUGUUUACCAGCUACUGACAUAUGAGGAGCAGGAACACUGCCAAAGCAAGAUCUCACGCUUCCUUGGAUUCAAAGCUCCAGUUCCACCACCACCACCUCCUCCUCCCCCUCCUCCAGAGCCUGAGGUGGCCCCCGAGCCCCAUCGGCGUAGCAGCUCCAUGAGGGUGACAGGGACCACGUACAGGAGCAGUGUGAGGGGACGUAGCUCUGAUGAUCUGGUCAUUGGAACACACUUGGGCAUGGGCCUUCGUUCAGAGCCAAUGCUGGAGGUAGGGAUGAGGUUGGCACCAGGAGAGAGACAGUCAGGUGAUGGUACCUCUCUUCCAGAAACUCCUAACAACCUCACCAAUCUGUCAGCAGUGUACGCUGAAUUGGAAAACAUGUAUUCAGCCAAGAGGUCCAAGUCCCUGAAGAGCCGUCCUCCUCCUGCCCCAGAGAGUUUGUUGGAUCUGGAGGCCCCUUCGCGCACAUCCUCCCCUACAAUUCAUGCUAACACAGGUAGCCGUAAAGGCCCCCCACUGCCUACAUCCUGGCCAGAGCCUCUCCCAAGCCCCCCUGCAACCCAGUUCUAUUCUUCAGGCCUAACAAGCCAGACCAGUGGGGAUUCCAACCCCUACAUCAGCCUGGACAGUCCCCCUCCAUCACCAGAGCCCCCUGACUUCCCAUCUAGUCCCCCCACCCAUCGCCGCAGCAAGCGACGCUACACCUUCUCCAAACCACCGCGCUCAGAGGACACAGAUCGAUUUCUGGAUGCGCUGAGCGAGACGCUGGGACAGAGGGUGGCCAUUGUUGAUGACUUCCUGACCCCUGAGAAUGACUAUGAGGAGGACAUUGUACAGAUGGGCUUCCCAGAUGAGGAGGAUGAGGAUAAUGAGGAGGACUUAGGGGUGGAUGAAGAGGAAAAUGGAGGGUUUGUGGCCCCAGAGCUCAGCAGCCCCAGUGAUGUUCAAAGCAGCAGCGGAGAAGAGAAUGCCUCCUCCCUCACCUACUCUUCCUCCUCUGACCAUAUACCUCCACCUCCGAUGACCCCUCCACCACCUCCACCUGUACAGUUCAAUGAUCCGCCUCCUCCCCCUCCAGCACCUGCACAGACUCAGCAGCAACAACAGCAGCAGCAAAAUCUCAGCUUCACCCCUGAACAUUCCCCAAGAGCAUAUGUUCCCAUUCGCCGGAAAUCUGGUCCUCCUCCCCCACCGCCUCCUCGCAGUAAUCCACCACCUAAACGCCACUCCUUACAUAAGGUGUUGCCCUCUAGAGAAGAUCUUCAAGUCCAUGCCACCAUACAAGAGCUUAAGGCCUUCCAAGAACAACAAGUCUAUCAGGAUAGACAAGCCUAUGAGGAGCAACAAGCGUUUAAGGAGAGGCAGGCUUAUGAGGAGCAGAAAGCCUAUGAAGAACAGCAACUAUUCCAAGAGCAGCAGGAACAACAGGCAUACCAGGAGAAAAUGUUCAAAGAAAGACAGGCCUAUGAGGAGCAGAAAGCUUUUGAGGAGCAACAAAUGUACCAGGAGCAACAGGCCUUUCAAGAAAGACAAGCAUAUGAGCAACGGCAGGCCUACCAAGAACAAAAAGCAUACGAACAGCGUCAAGCCUACAAGGAGCAAAAAGCGCUAGAGGAGCUUCAAGCCUACCAAGAGCAAAAAGCGUAUGAAGAGCGCAAAGCAUAUGAGGAGCGUAAAGCAUAUGAGGAGCGUCAAGCCUAUGAGGAGCAACAAGCGUACCAAGAGCAGCAAAUGCAACAGAUCUACCAGAGUCACCACUCGAUGCCUAACCAGCCAACACAGCAGAAAGCACAUUCACCUUUGCCGCUCCAACAACUCCACCAAUCCUUACCGCCACUUCCAUCCCCAGACUCAAAUCAUCACCAUCCUAACCAUCCUCUAUUGAUGAUGCGCCAAGCUCAGCAGCAACAGGCCCAGCAGAGUCAGCACCAUCGACGCCAAUCCCGUUCAGCCCCAUCUCCACAUCAACCAUCACCCCAACCAACAUCUCAUCCCAACCAACAAGGUCAGUAUGCUGAGGGCAUCUACCAAAGCCAUCAGGGAAUGAGAUCCCAGCCCCACCAUUCCUCUGCAGAGAUGCUCCACCAGAUGCACCAAGCCCCAGUGCAUCAUUCAUCUGCUGAGAUGCUACAUCAGUUGCAACAAUCCCAAGGCCACCACUCACCUGCUGAGAUACUGCAGCAGAUGCAACAGGCACAUUCCCACUAUUCAUCAUCAGAAAUGCUAAACCAAAUGCACAAAACCAAGGCCCAUCAUUCUUCGACAGAGCUUCUGCACCAAGCUCAGCAGAUGCAGCAAAUGCAGCCCCACCACUCCUCAACUGAACUCCUCCAUCAGGCUCACCAGAUGCACCGAGGACAACCGCAUCAUUCAUCCACUGAGCUGCUUCAUCAAAUACAUAAACCUCAGGCCCACUACUCCUCCACAGAGUUGCUCCAUCAAGCCCACCAGAUACACCAACCUAAGCCCCAUCACUCCUCAACGGAGCUUCUGCAUCAGGCCCAACAAGAGCCGGCCUCCCUCCCAGUUCAGCUAAACCGGGACGGCCACUCUCAUCAGAGUCGGAGAAGUCUUAAAAGUCAACAUCAGACCCAGCAAGGGAGACACCAAGAGCAACAGAUCCACCAAACCCAUCAUCCCCAGCCCACAAAACCCUCACCUCAAAGACCUCACUCCAUCCAGCAGACCCACCACCACUCAAGCACCCCACAAAUCCACCACAUCCACCAUAUGACCCCACAACCUCCUCCACAGGAUUACCAACACCAGAUUCACGUAAUCCACCCUCCUCAGCAGCCCCACAGACCUCAGCCCCUUCUCUCCACAUUUCAACCCCUCCAGCCACACCAGCCCACCCUCUCCACUUUCCAGCCUCUGCCCCAGCACCACCAGUCCCAACAUCAGAUCCAGUCCUCCACUCAAGCCACCCGUCCACAGUCCCAGCCCUCGCAUCACCUGCUGCAAUCAGCACACCAGGCGCCAGCUCAGUCCCACCACAAGCAAUCUCAUGGCCAACCACAGUCCCUGCCCCACUCUUUAUCUGACCCAACAGAGCAUAUGGAGCCACCACCACCUCCACCUCUGCCCCCACCUUGCUCACCUCCACCAUUACCCAGGCCAUCACUAUCCAGGAUGGACUCUAACCACAUGAGUGUGAAGAGGUUGCGCUGGGAGCAGGUGGAGAACUCAGAAGGGACUAUCUGGGGACAGUUAGGGGCAAAUUCUGACUAUGACAAACUGCAUGACAUGGUGAAGUAUCUGGAUCUGGAGCUGCACUUUGGGACACAGAAGAGCUCCAUGCCUACUUUAGAGCUGCCACCUCUAGAAACCUUCAAGAAGAAAGAUGUGGUUGAAAUUCUGUCCCAUAAGAAGGCCUAUAAUGCAUCCAUCUUGAUUGCUCACCUGAAGCUUUCUCCUGGGGAGCUGCGUCAGAUCCUCAUGAAUAUGGCAACCGACAGGCUGGAGCCAUCCCACAUCAAACAGCUGCUGCUGUAUGCCCCAGAUGCAGAGGAGGUCAAAAAGUAUGAAGGGUACAGACAGGACCCGAGCAAACUCAGUGAGCCGGACCAGUUUGUGUUGCAGAUGUUAUCAGUACCGGAGUACAAGACCCGCCUACAGAGCCUCCUCUUCAAGUGUUCUCUGCAGGAGAAGACGGAAGAGUUGAGAGGAGCAUACGACUGUCUAUAUAAGGCUUCAGUGGAGCUGAAGACAAGCAAGAAGCUGGCAAAGAUACUAGAGUUUGUGUUGGCAAUGGGGAACUACUUGAAUAACAGUCAGCCUAAAACCAACAAGACUACAGGCUUCAAGAUCAACUUCUUAACAGAGUUGAGCACAACUAAAACAGUGGAUGGGAAGUCGACAUUUCUUCAUAUUUUGGUCAAGUCGUUGUGUCAGCACUUUCCUGAUGUGUUAGACUUCUCCAAAGAUUUAACCAUGGUUCCUCUUGCAGCCAAAGUUAACCAGAGGACCAUCACUUCAGACCUGAACGACCUCCAAACAACCAUCCAGGAAAUCCGUUCAGUCUGUCAGAAGAUGCCUGCGACUUCUGAGGACCGUUUUGCUGUUGUUAUGAGUAACUUCUUGGAAAACAGUCAUCCAGCAGUCCAGUCUCUGGAGUCCCUGCAACAGAGAGCUAUGGAGGAAUUCAGCAAAACUGCCUCUUUCUUUGGAGAAGACAGCAAAUCCUCAAACACAGAGGCCUUCUUUGGGAUCUUUGCUGAGUUUAUGGGCAAGUUUGAGAGAGCUCUCGGUGAGUGGCAAGCAGCAGAAAACGCAAAGAGCCCUAGAAGUCCACGAAUGGCCUCACCACUGGCCUGCCCAAAAAUGUCCUGCACUGGCCACUAUUUUUAUAACUGAGGAAUUUCUCCCUUUUAAAACGGCUCUCAGAAAUCCAGAUCUGUACGGGCUCUAAUUUACAUUCACUCGAUGGAUUUGGAAGGCAACACAAAGCUGUUUCCUGUAAGUUUACAUGUGCUUUAUUUUUGUGAACUGCCCACCACACUGAAUGUAACAUAGCUUAUUAACAGACUAAGUGUAGCUUAUUUUCUCAAACAAAUAGUUCCUUUGUUUUCUGCAUUAUAUCUAUGCCUUGAUGUGAGCAAAUCUCCAAAUGCCAUGUUAGUUAUAGCCAUUUGCAUUUCUUUCUGUAAAGGCUGUUGUUCUAUUUAACACUAAACUUCUAAUGAUAUUAACUUGUAUGUACGAGACGAUGUUAGUGACAAGUUGGCCAGUUUUGUAAAAGAUAAUUUUAGCAGUACUAUUUUAACAGUUCAUUUUGACGUGUCCAAAGUCAUAAACACACUAUUUAUAGGAAUCAGAAGUGGGAUUAUGUGGAGCCAACAGCGGGCAGUGUGCAAUAUGUGUGUGUUAAGCUGUGUUCCACUGUUGGAUAUUCUACUGUCUAAACUUCAACAAAGAUAGACUGUGUUUGUACUGUACAGAAACAAGAGUUUAUUUAAAGAAGAUAGAUACAACUGCUCCAAAAAAAUACCAUUGAGGCACUUUGUUUAUUUAAUGUGUUGUGCAACUUUUUUUCUGUAAAAAGGACAGACUGUGAAAUUAUACCACUGAAAGGACAGCAAUACCUUUAAGUUUAGUGGAGCAGAGCAGAGUCUUUAAUGUUUCUGUAUUCUGUGGAACACAAAGCUUCAUGUGACGCUUUUGAAUAGUAAGACACAUUCUCAUGAUAAAAACAACGUGUGCUGAUAGUAAAACCUUUGAAGCUUUGUUUUCUAAUGGUCUCAUGUUUCCCCAGCUUCAAUUACAGAAUGUAAACCUUUUAAGAUUUGCUGUCCAAUUAAUGCCUAUAAAGUGUUAAGUCUGUAUUUUGUAUUGUAUCCUAAAAUUGCUGACAACUAUUAAAAAAAUGGUACAAUA